CCUCCAAUUCCAAUCUCUUCUCUCGCGCAGCUCCGAGGCAAAAAGGGGAUCAGCAGCCAUGUCCGGACGCGGCAAGGGCGGGAAGGGGCUCGGCAAGGGCGGCGCCAAGCGCCACCGGAAGGUUCUCCGCGACAACAUUCAGGGCAUCACCAAGCCGGCGAUCCGGCGCCUGGCGAGGAGAGGCGGCGUGAAGCGAAUCUCCGGGCUCAUCUACGAGGAGACCCGCGGCGUCCUCAAGAUCUUCCUCGAGAACGUCAUCCGCGACGCCGUCACCUACACCGAGCACGCACGCCGCAAGACCGUCACUGCCAUGGACGUCGUCUACGCCCUCAAGCGCCAGGGCCGCACCCUCUACGGCUUCGGCGGCUAAUCCGGUGCCCCGAUUCGACCCCCGCCUGCAGUGUUCUGAUGUUUGUGCCGCCGUGCUCACGAGUCUUGCGGUCAAGAAAUCGUAGAUGGAACCACAUUGUUUAGUUUCCUGUCUAUCGUCAGUAGGUUUGUCUGAAUCGUGCAAUUGUGGAACAAAAUUUGUGCUCGAUGGAAAUGGAAAUCAGAUUUGUUUCUGUGCAAAUACUGCGAUUGCUAUUUUCCCUUGAGUACGAUUGAAUUUGGAUCUGCAUUUGAGCAUUUCGAUUUGAGUUA